UAAUUAUACUACACCUACAGCUUGAAGGGAAACGAUGGCAAAAGCCGCUUGGUAGGAGAACCCUGCUAUUCCAGAGACGGAGAGGGAGGACGAUGCCGAGUUCUUCCUCCACGUUACCUCUUUCAGCAGUUUCAAUGGAUUCCUCGUCUUCAUCUCCUCCUCCAAUUCCUAACCCUUUCGCCUCCCUAUCUUCCUUUAUCCAGCACCAGCUCUGCCGCCUCAGUGCCGACCUCUCCACCCGAUUAGCCGUCGUUCGCCGCCAAGCCCUCGCUGCCACUUGUGCUCCGGCGGAAUUUCCUUUCGCUGCACUUUCUAUGGCGGCCCAAGGGCGGCACGCUUUCGACAUCGCACUGAGCGCCGAUUAUGUUGCCCGGACACUUGCCGGCACGGCGGUGUACACCGUCGGCAACGCCAAUAACGAGUUUGUCCUCGUCUCCGACCCCAAUAAUGGGGCCAGAUCACUCGGACUUCUCUGCUUUCGCGAAGAGGAUGCUCAAGCUCUUCUCACUCAGGUUCAGCUCCGGCAACCGAUUUUGGGGAGGGGGGCAAGGGUUGUUCCCAUUAAUCUCGAUCAGGUAUAUUUGCUAAAGGUUGAGGGCAUUGCAUUUCGGUUUCUGCCUGAUCCUCUUCAAAUAAAGAAUGCACUAGAGUUAAAAUUUGCAGAUCGUUCCAGAGGCUUUGAUGGAGUUCCUGUGUUUCAGUCGGAACUUCUAGUUAUUAAGAAGAAGAAUCGGCGCUACUGUCCCAUUUACUUUCAGAAGGAAGAUCUAGAGAGGGAACUUUUGAAAGUUACGAGGGGACCCCGAGGACCUUCUCUUUCUCAACAUAUAAUGGUUGGUAGUUUGGAAGAUGUUCUUAAAAAAAUGGAGUCGCAGGUGAAUGACAAGAAUUCUGGGUGGGAAGAUCUAAUUUUUAUCCCACCUGGAAAAAGUUACACCCAACAUAUCAAAGAAGUUGCGUCAGGAUAAUUGGAAUUCAAACUAAUUUUAACUGAGGUUUUGGUUGAGACAGUUUUUUUAUUGCUUCUUAAAACAGCUUUUUAAUAUUAAAAUUUUAAUUUUUGAACUAAAAACCGUUUUAAGAAGAAGUAAAAAAACUGUCUCAAACGAGCCUGAGUUUGUGGCUUUAACCAAGUAUAAGUUUAGUUCUGGCAGUUUCAAAAAAUGCAGGAUUUUUAUUAUUUGAGAUUAGUAAGGCGAUAGAGAGGAAAAGAGAGAUGGAUGUUGCUGCUCCUGUAAGGAUUUUUUUUUUUUUUUCAAUUCGAGGAUGAUUUUAUAACUGAUCUUGUGUGUGUGCGUAUGUGUGUGUGUGUUUUUUUUUUAAAUAUCUGGUGGCAUUAGUUU